AUGCCCGCGGAUGGAUCGACGCCGGAGUCCCCACCGCGAAGGUCUCGCGCGUUCGCGGACGUCCCGGACGCCGCGACGCCGUUCACGUCGCCGCGAAGACGUUCGGUCGACGCGAGCGCGUCACCGAUUCGACACGUCGACUCUGAGAUCUUCGCGCGCGCCUCGCGGGCGUCGAUGAGCUCGCUGAACGCGAUGUCCACCGAUGGGUCCAUGUAUGACUUGACGCGCAGGAUGGAGGGCUUGGCGGGAAGCGCGGUGUUCGACGCGCAGGGGCAACAGAGCGAGGAGUUGGAGAGCACGCGAGUGGAUCGGUUGUUGAGAGAGCGGGCGGAGCAGCUGAAGCGCACGCGAUCGCAGACAAAUCUCGUGAGCGGUGAGAUCGCGGAGGAGAGCGCGGUGUUCGAGGAAGAGGAACCGGUGAGGGAGUCGCUCAUCAUCGCGGCGAAUCGGUUGCCGGUGAGCGUGAAGAGAAAGGCGGACGGGACGUGGGACGUGCGACCGUCGGCGGGCGGAUUGGUGAGCGCGCUCCUGGGCGUGCGAAAGACGUACGGGAUGACGUGGAUCGGAUGGCCCGGGAUUUUUAUCGAACCCGGACCCGAGCGCGAUUCGCUCACUGCGACACUGCGACGACAGAACCUUUUGCCGGUGUACCUCACAAAGUCGCAGGUGGAGCUCUACUACAACGGGUACUGCAACAACGUGCUCUGGUCGUUGUUUCACUACGUACCGCUCAACUUCGAGGCGAGACUCAACCAGGAAACGAACAUGACCGCGCAGUGGGUCGCGUACAAGGAGGCCAAUCGCGUAUUCGCGGAUGCGAUCAUGAGCGUAUAUCGCGAUGGCGACAUCGUUUGGGCGCACGAUUACCACCUGAUGCUCGUGCCCGAAAUGCUACGACAAGACGUGGAAACCAUGAAGAUUGGGUGGUUUUUACACACGCCGUUUCCGAGUUCUGAAAUUUACCGCAUGCUUCCGAUGAGAGAAGCGCUGUUACACGGCUGUCUGGCGGCAGAUUUGGUCGGCUUUCACACGUACGAUUACGCGCGGCACUUUGUAUCAGCCACUUCUCGAAUUCUUGGUCUGGAAGCGACGCCGGAUGGGGUCGAGACGCAAGGUGGGUUCACCCGCGUCGCUGCGUUUCCGAUCGGCAUUGACCCGAGUCGUUUCACUGCCGCUCUCCGCACUGAUCAGGUUCAGGAUCACAUCAAAGAGCUUCAAGAAAGAUUCCGUGGACGCAAAGUGAUGCUUGGCGUCGACCGUCUCGACAUGAUCAAGGGCAUCCCGCAUAAGCUUUUGGCGUUUGAAAAAUUCUUGAUCGAAAAUCCCGAGUGGAAGGAUAAGUGCUGCCUUAUUCAAAUCGCUGUACCCACUCGUUCGGAGGUCCCAGAGUACCAGAAGCUCGCCUCCACCGUACAUGAAAUCGUUGGACGAAUCAAUGGCCGCUUCGGCUCUAUCGGUUCGAUUCCGAUUCAACAUUUGGACUGCUCGAUGCAAUUUCCGGAGCUGUGCGCGCUCUACUCCGUCACCGACGUCAUGCUUGUCACAUCCCAGCGCGAUGGCAUGAACCUCGUGUCGUAUGAAUUUGUUUCGUGCCAAAACAAGAGCAACGCCGGCGUGUUGGUGCUUUCUGAAUUUGCAGGCGCGGCGCAGUCCAUCGGUGCCGGAGCUUUGUUAGUGAAUCCGCACAACGUCACAGAGGUUGCGCACGCUAUUAAAGAAGCUUUGACUAUGCCUGAAGCGGAAAAGAUUGAGAGACAUCGGAGCAGCUUCUCCCACGUGAGCACUCACACCGCUCAAGCGUGGGCAGAUACGUUCAUCAGCGAACUGAACGAUACUCAUGUCGAAGCCGAGUUGCGUCAGAAACGUAUUCCACCGCAUCUCUCACCAGAUGUAGUUACGCGAUCGUUCCAAAAGGGCAAGCAACGUCUUAUCAUUCUUGGCUACAACGCCACGCUCACCGAUCCCAUGGAUUCCAGAUCGAAGAAUCGUCCAGCAAUCGAGUCGAAAAAGAAUCGCCACAAGAUUCAUCCCAUCUCGCAGGAGUGCAUCUCACGUCUCUGUGACGAUCCGAACACCACCGUGUGUAUUUUCAGCGGUUCCGAUCGGAACAAGUUGGCGCAAAUUUUUGCUAUGCUACCAAAGGUUUGGAUCGCCGCAGAGAACGGUGUCUUCAUCCGUCCUCCAUUGCAAGGGAAGAACGGUACUGAGACGCCGAAGUGGAUGACCAUGAUCGAGACGACUAACCUCGACUGGUUAGAGAGCGUUGAAGUCGUUUUCGAGUACUUCUGCGAGCGCACGCCGAGAAGCCAUGUGGAAACUCGCGAGACGUCACUUGUCUGGAGUUACAAGUACGCCGAUCCUGACUUCGGCAGACAACAGGCGCGCGACCUGCUACAGCACUUGUGGACCGGUCCAAUCUCAAACGCUCCAGUUGACGUCGUCAUGGGCGCGAAAUCUGUCGAAGUGCGCCCGGUCGGCUUGAGCAAGGGUACGGCAGUCGAGCGCAUCUUACACAUCAUUAACGGAGGGAAGAACAAGGAACUCAUCGAGGUUGAUUUCGUCGCCUGCUUUGGGCACUUCCUUGGACGCGACGAAGACAUUUUUUCAUUCUUGGAACAGAACUCAUCACAGAACAGCCUCAGUACAAACGCGCAUUCGCCGGGCUCAAAGAAAGGAAACACCUCUCUAUCAGCCUCGAUACAGAACGAUUUGGCGGCCGUCGAAGAACACGAUGAAUCAAACCUAAAGAAGAAACACGAGGCAGAAAUCAGAUUCCAAGACAUCGUUACGUGUACCGUCGGUCGUAAACGCUCUUCCGCGCGAUACUUCGUCAACGAUUCCGAUGAAGUCGCCUUGUGUCUUGCGGCGCUCACGAAUUCUUUGAACGACGGAAAGGGUGUCAUUGAGUUACUCCAAUUCGAAGACUCCAUUUCCAACGUAUCAAAGAGCGCUUCAAGAGGUAACCUCAGUACGGGUCGCGCGGCGAGCUUACCGGGUGGUGAUAACGACGCCGUGUAUAGAAGUUCAAGCGGUCAAAGCAUUUGA